AUGCGGAUAAGACAAAUUAAGCAAGCAAAAAAAAAAAAAGAGGAAGAAUCUUGUGUGGCACGUCCGUGGAGACGGCUCUUUUUUUUUUUUUUUUUCUCCAAACUACUUUUUCUUUUCAUAAAGAUUACUCUUUUUCAUCUUCUGGACAUUUCUUUUAUUCUUCAACAACAUCUCAAGUUAAACAUGGUUGCACUUCCAUUAGAUGAAGAUUUCAGAUCUGGUAAGAAAAAAUAUAUUUUAUACGGGUCAAUUGCCCUUGCAGCUGUAUUAGUCACUUUAUUCUCCACUAAUUUAUUCAAUUAUUUGAAAAUUGCGCUUACCCCAAUUCCAACAGAAAGUACAUUAUGUCCACUUCAAAAACCAAUUGCUCCUGAGUCUUUCUAUAAGGAUAACUCUACUGUCUUAGAGAUUUUACACGAUAAGAAGUACAAAAAGAAUUCCAUCAAGAGAUUAUCAGGUGCCAUUCAAAUCGACACCCAAAUUUUCGACAAGCAACCAGAAGUUGAUGAUGCUCCAGAAGUCUGGAAGAAAUUUGCCAAAUUUCAUGACUAUUUGGAAGAAACCUUCCCAUUAGUUUAUAAGAAUUUAGAAGUUACUAAAGUCAACACUUAUGGUUUAGUUUAUUCCUGGAAAGGUACUGACAAAGGUUUGAAACCACUUUUAUUGACUGCUCACCAGGACACCGUCCCAAUCCAAAAAGAAACCCUUGGUCAAUGGACUUACCCACCUUUAGAAGGACACUAUGAUGGCGAAUUUAUUUACGGUAGAGGUGCAGCUGACUGUAAGAAUGUCUUGAUUGCCAUUUUGGAAACAUUAGAAAUCUUAUUGUCAAAAGGAUACGAGCCAAAGAGAUCUAUUGUUGCUGCUUUUGGUUUUGACGAAGAAGCUUCAGGUAUAAUUGGUGCUAGUCACAUUGGUAAAUAUUUGGAAAAGACCUAUGGCAAGGAUUCAUUUUAUGCAUUGAUCGAUGAAGGUCCGGGUGUUACCACUGAUGCUUUAACUAAAGCUAUUUUUGCUACACCAGGUACUGGUGAAAAGGGUUACGUUGACAUUCAAGUUGAAUUAACCACCCCAGGUGGUCAUUCUUCAAUUCCACCAGAUCAUACAUCUAUUGGUAUCAUUUCUGAAUUGAGCUAUUUAAUUGAAAAAGAUCCUUAUAGUCCAAUUUUGACCGAAAGAAAUCCAAUCUUAAACUAUGCUCAAUGUAUUGCUUUACAUGAUCCGAAGAAUAAAAUUCCUUCUGCCAUGAAGAAAACUAUUUUGAGAGCUGGAUAUGAUAAAUUUGCUAACUCAAUUCUUGUCGAUGAACUCCUGAAAAAUAGAUUAACCAAAUAUUUGGUCAGAACUUCACAAGCAAUUGACAUUAUCAAUGGUGGAGAAAAGGCUAAUGCAUUGCCAGAAAAUACUAAAAUAUUGGUUAACCACAGAGUUGCCAUUGAAUCAACUGUUGAAGAAGUCAAAGAACAUUUUGUCAGUAGAGUUGUUGAAGUUGCAAAGAGACACAAUUUAUCUGUUGUUGCCUAUGAUAAGGACAUUCAUAGAUUUGAAAAAGAUUCCGGUAUGUUUAAUGUCACUGUCCACUCAUCUCCAUUGGAUGCUGCUCCUGUUACCCCAACUAAUGAUACUGUUUGGUCCUACUUGGCUGGUGUUACGAGACAUGUUUAUGAAGACUUGGUUUUCCCAAACAUCACCUAUCCUAUUGUCACUGCUCCAGCUAUCAUGACUGGUAAUACUGACACUAGACAUUAUUGGAAUUUAACCAGAAACAUUUUUAGAUUCACUCCUGCUUUCAUUGGUGAUUUUAUUGGUGAUACUCAUAUUCAUAGUGUUGAUGAAAAAUUGCCAUUUGACAGUCAUUUACAAUUACAAGCUUGGUUCUAUGAGUACAUCCAAGCUAUUGACUCAGCCAAGGCUGACAAUUAG